UGUCGAUGUUGCAGGCGCAGUGUUUUCACGACGUCGAUUUUCACGUGACAGUCCGCGGAAGUGCGCGGGAAUCCAGCCGUGUAAUGGUGUGAGAUCUGAGAAGGCAUUAAGUACGCACAUCUUACGACACACGAUAAACGCAUUUCCCGACGUUCCGUUGUCGCUCCGCCGAAAUGCCGGAGGAGGAGAACUUUUGCAAGAAAAUGUCAAAAGCCACCAGGGGAAUACACGCAAUCAGCGAUACUCUGGUGAACGCGAAACUGGCAUUUGGAUUUCUCGAUGAUUCUGUAUGGGCUGAUGGACUUCUGGUUUUCUACGAGGUCUUUCGCUACCUGGAAGGUGCAAUGAUUAGAUUAAGGAACACCAAAAUUGGAUUACUUCCACUCAGUGAGCUUCAACGUACUGAGGCCUUCGAACGCGAUCUUGAUUAUUAUUUGGGGAAAGGAUGGAGGAAAAACUACAGUCCUAGGGAUAGCGUUGCCAAAUAUCUGAUGCGCUUGAGAGAAGUGGAAGACACAGAUCCUACUUUAUUAAUGGCUUAUAUCUACCAUCUUUACAUGGGUCUUCUCAGCGGCGGUAUUAUUCUACGCAAAAAACGGCAGAUCAUACUAAAAAUUUCGCCUUUUAAAGCGCAACCGUCGAGCGAUGGUAAUAAUGUCACAGACUUUGGGCAGAACAGUAUAUUUCAGUUAAAGCAUGACUUGCGCGAAUCAAUGAACAGAAUCGCAGAGACGUUGGAUGAGGACACGAAAAAUAAACUUAUCGAAGAAAGUAAAAUAGUUUUUGAAUUGAAUAACGAAAUAAUCAAAAGUGUGCAGACGGGCAGUCAUGUUUUUGAAAAAAUAUUCUAUUUUAUUGGCCCAGUUUUAUUGAUUCUUUUUAUCCUGAUCAUCGUCCUCAAUAUCCUUUAUAAAUACAUUAUACGUUAAUAAACAUUAAUUCAACGCUAAUUUAACGUCAAUUUACUUAAAAAAAAAGAACGGUAUAAUAUACUUCUGUUCGGCCAAAAAAUGCUUAUAUCAAAAUCGAAAUGUAUAAAACUACUUCGC